GGGUGUUUUAUCGAGGGCGGAGGGGGGUGGGGGGAUACAGGGUUGAGGACUAUGGUGUCCUGCAGGGCCCCUCUUCUUUCUGGUGCCCCCCAAGUGGGGGGAGAAUCUGGCUUUUGCAUGUCUUCGGGAGAGAGAUCUAUAGUGUCCUUUGAGGAGGUAUCCGUGUUCUUCACAGAGCAGGAAUGGGCUCUUCUGGAUCCAGGGCAAAGAAAACUCUUUUGGGAAGUAACAGAGGAAAAUUACGAGACCACAACCUCUCUGGGUGCAGAAGGAAAAAUAUGGAAUGUGGAAUUCCACAGGGCCUCUCUUCUUUCUUCUUUCCCACAGCUGGAGGAAGAAUUUGGCUUUUGUACCUCUGCAGGAAAGAGAUCCUCAGUGUCCUUUUGUGAGGAGGUUAUGGUUGUGAUCUUUACAGAGGAAGAAGAAUGGAGCUCUCUCUAG